UCUCCUGUUCCUCAGAGGCAACGUCACUCCACUUCUCCAGGAGCCUUCCCCAGGGCACCCCCCCACACACACAAAAAACCUUCAGGACACAUGUGACCACGUGAAGUUAGCACAUUUCCUUGCUAACGGGUUUCCGGUGGCGACACCAGAAGGGAAGGGACCUGGGUCCAUCCUCUUCUCUGGUGUCCUCCGGACCGAAGCGCUUGCCGAGUGGGUGAACAGAGUGUGUGUGGCUAAGCGAGCUCGAAGGGGCCUCCACCAUGGGGCCUGAGCCAGCCGCUCGCUCUCCAGGCCUCCCCCUGCGGCUCCACACCCGCAUCUCCCCAGCUGCGGGGAAUUGGGCAAAUGAUGUCUGGGCCCAGGAACAGGGACAAUGGACCUCGAUCGCCUCCAAGCUUGUUCACAUCUCCCUGGCUUCCCAGUCCCCAGCGUCCCUCCGUCUCCAGCCACCCACGCCCCGGCGCCUCCUCCCGGCUCCACCCUGCCCAGCCCCUCCCAGGUGCCUGCGGUUGGCACAGCCCCGGCUGCCACAGCACCUCCAACCCCGGGCGGCUCACCAUGGGGGCUCUGAGGCCCUGGGCCCGAUUCCCACUACUGGUGGUGGCCCACCUGCUGGCCCUGGGGAUUGGGGCUGUGGUGUUUCAGGCCCUGGAAGGGCCUCCAGCGCUCCAGCUCCAGGCCAAGCUCAGAGCCGAGCUGGCCACUUUCCAGGCGGAGUAUGGGGCCUGCCUGCCCCCGGGGGCCCUGGAGGAGCUGCUGGGCACCGCUCUGGCAGCCCAGGUCCACGGGGUCUCCAGCCUGAGCAAUGGCUCAGAGGCCGGGAACUGGGACCUGCCCUCGGCCCUGCUCUUCACUGCCAGCAUCCUCACCACCACGGGCUACGGCUACCUGGCCCCACUGUCGGCUGACGGAAAGGCUUUCUGCAUGGUCUAUGCAGCCCUUGGGCUGCCAGCCUCCCUCGUGCUCCUGGCCACCCUGCGCCGCUGCCUGAUGCCCCUGCUCUGUCGCCUGGGGGCCUGGGGAGCCAGCCGGUGGCAGCUGGCCCCGGCCAGGGCAGCGUUGCUGCAGGCGGCUGGAUGGGGCCUGCUGGUGGCCGCCAUCUUCGUGCUGCUUCCGGCCCUGGUGCUGUGGGGUCUGCAGGGUGACUGCAGCCUGGUGGAAGCCGUCUACUUCUGCUUCGGCUCACUCAGCACCAUCGGCCUGGGGGACCUGCUGCCGGGCCAUGGCCGUGGCCUACACCCUGUGCUCUACCACCUUGGCCAGCUGGCCCUUCUUGGUUACUUGCUCCUCGGGCUCCUGGCCAUGCUGCUCGUUGUGGAGACCUUCUCAGAGCUGCCACAGGCCCGUGCCCUGGUCAAGUUCUUUGGGUCCAGUGGCCCGAUGACCGCUGAAGACCAAGGUGGCAUCCUGGGCCAGGAUGACCUGGCUCUGAGCACCCUGGCGCCCUCGGCUGCAGCCCCAGAACAGGCCCCGACUUGCUGACCGGGGUCAGGUGAUGGAGUUGGGCUCCUUCCAGGUGGACAAGCCUCCAGAGGAAGCCUCCAGAGAGGGGAGGGGAGGCGGAUGACUGUAAGGCCCUCAGGCAAUAGUGUAUUUUAAAAAGCGGGGCCAAUAACCCUGACUGUUUUCGUCUCUUCUUUCAAUGGGCCUCCUAAAGCGAUCGACAACCCACGACCCAAACCCCAUCAUCCUGAAACCGCACCAUCCUUUCAGGGUGAAGCCCCAGCAGGCCCUCGGCUGCCUCUUGGAACCUCCAAGCCCGCACGGGCCCCACUCGGGA